AUGGCAGAGAAAAGCCUCUCAUCCCCAAGCACGGACGUACGUCUCUCCAACUCUGCGCCGCAUCAACUACUCACUCCCCCCACUAACUCGGAACAAAUGCAACAGCCCCAAAUCCUAAUCACCCAAGAAACCAGCCACGAACACAUCUUCUGCACCUUCACAACCAACACUGCCUGGACCCUCGGCACCGCACUGCGCACCCGCAUCCUCUCGCUACCAGCCGGACAACGCAAGCCCGCGCUCAUCUCAAUCGCACACGCCACAGCCACCACAGGCGGCGGCCCACUGCACGUAGUCUUCCAGUGCGCAACCGAGAGCGGGACGAUCCCCGACAACGAGAACUGGGUGCGACGCAAGCGCAACACCGUGCUGCGCUGGGGCGUGUCCAGCUGGGCGAUGCGCCAGAAGACCGUGGCGGGGUUGUCGGCGGAUGCGACGGCUGCGGAUAUCGAGAGCGCGUUUGUGAAGAAGUAUGCGCUGGCGAGUGCCAAUGGGGGUGCCGUUGCGGAUGAGUAUGCUAUCCAUGGUGGUGCGUACCCAAUCCGCGUGCGUGGGGUCGAGGGGAUUGUUGCUGUUGUGGUGGUUAGCGGGCUGAAGCAGGAGGAUGAUCAUCAGGUUGUUGCGGAGACGGUGCGUGAAAUUGUUGGGCAGGGGCAUUAA